AUGAGACAAAAUGAGCAGGACGAGAACAAGGAAAAGAGACAAAGAAGUAGAAAAGAGCAUUUAAAAGGUGACAUCCCGUGA